AUGGCCGCCUCCUCGACUGCUGCUGAGGCCUCCGCGCCGGUGCCGGUGCCCCCAGCCGGCCUGAAGGAGGACAUCGCGGGGCUGUACGACGAGUCGUCGGGGGUCUGGGAGCGCAUCUGCGGCGACCACCUGCACCACGGCUUCUACGAACCGGGCGAUGCCGCGUCGGUGCCCGACGUCCGCCGCGCCCAGAUACGCACCAUCGACGAGGCGCUCGCCUUCGCCGCCGUCCCAGAUGAUCCAGAGAAGAAGCCCAAAACGAUAGUUGAUGUAGGAUGUGGCAUUGGAGGCAGCUCAAGAUACCUGGCGAGAAAAUACGGAGCACAGUGUACGGGCAUCACGUUGAGCCGUGUUCAAGCUGAAAGAGGGAAUGCUCUCACUGCCGCCCAGUGCUUCUCAGACAAGGUUUCCCUCCAAGUUGCUGAUGCUCUAGACCAACCGUUUCCUGAUGGGAUGUUUGAUCUUGUAUGGUCCAUGGAGAGUGGUGAGCACAUGCCGGACAAAACGAAGGAUAUCAGGACAGCUGACUGGUCGGAGAACGUGGCCCCGUUUUGGCCCGCUAUGAUAAAACUAUCACUGUCAUGGAAGGGCCUGACCUCUGCGUUAACAUGUGGAUGGAAGACAAUCAGAGGGGCGAUGGGGAUACUGCUGCUGAUCCAAGGCUACAGGAAGGGGCUCAUCAAAUUCACCAUCAUCACCUGUCGCAAGCCUAGAGCAGCUUAG